AUGGCGGCGGAUGCGCGGGACCAGGCCACACAGGCAGACGCAGCCUCGAAGAUAGAACCAAGGACGGCGGACGGGAAGACGAGAUAUGAGCUCUCCAAGUCGCAAGUGGGCAAGCUCUGGGAGGAGCUCGGAAACCCCAACGAGCCGGUCAACUUGAUGCCCGGGGGGACUUAUAAUUCAGCGGGCGGUAAACCCAAGGAGGUUACGUUUAUGGACUCGUUGAAGUCGCUAUCGUUCGACAACUUUGCCUCGGUCUACAAAGCCCCUUGCGCGCGAGACUCGCUCCUGGUGGGAAUCGGUACCGGGUUCGGUGUUGGAGGGAUAAGGGCGAUUCUUGGAGGUCUUGGUUCGUUAUGGACUGCUAGUAACUGGGCUGUUGGGUCCUUCGCCAUUGUAUCGUUGGCUGCACACGAAUAUUGUCAGAGACAGAGGGCAAUUGAGCGCGAAGGGAUGAAGGAAGCUGCCGAACUCAUGAGAGAGCUCAAAUUUAGGAAGCAGAAAGAGAGAGACGCCGCCAGAAAGCUGCAUGAGGAGGAGCUCGCUCGAAAGGCGGAAGAGGCACGCCGGAAGAGCUGGACCAACUUGUCGAACUAUAAAUUUUGGUAG